GUUACAACGCAACCUUUACUUUGCCGAACACCACCAGGAGGUUCUUCCUAUUAAUUUCUUUGUGCUUCAGUCUUAGGACAUGUAGAUGAAGUCGAAAAAGCAUUCAUUGAUACCCUUUGAAAAACCAGUUCAUUUCUUGAAAAGCAUACUAUCCAAGUUGUUAAAGAUCAUUUCUACUCAUUUUUACUCACUCGUUUUCACAUACUACAACUCUUAAUCGAACUCCUCCACGUCCACUCAAUUAGAGAGAGAAAAUGACGGAACAAACUGCAGUUUCGUCUACCGCGACAUAUGUGUCGCCUAUUGCGGUGCCGCUUGUCAGCGGAAAAUUGGAGAGCAAAUGCCUGAAGAUGUUGAGAAAGGCUUUUGGUGCGAAGGCAGUGAGAAGAGGCAUCCCGGAAGUGACGAAGCUUGUUCGCAAGGAGAAGAAGGGUAUCCGAUCUUGCUUAUCUGUCUGAUCUGUUGGUUCAUUUUUUUCAAUCAUGAUUGAUCGGUGUACUUGUCGUUAUACAUAUACGUGGAGUUCUGUUGUAUCUCUAUCUUUUUCUUUCCAUCUCCUUGUCAUGAUAGUCAUCUUUAUCCUUUUUGUUUGUGCAUUCUUUCCACAUUCACCGCACUUUCAUUCAUCUCGUCUCACAAUAUACAGGUAUUGUCGUCUUUGCAGCUGAUAUUUUUCCAGUGGAUCUGAUCGCGCAUAUGCCGGUUCUCUGUGAGGAGAAGAGCGUCUUUUACGCCUACGUGCAGUCGCGACAGAUGCUGGGCGAAGCAAUCAACAGCCGGCGCGGUGUGUCAGCGGUCUUCAUCCCCGAACCUACUUCAGACAGUCCAUACGAAAGCGCCUAUCAGCAAAUGAUCACGGCAUUGAAGGUCGUGCACCCCUACCUUGGAGAAGGUAAGGCAGUGGACGAAGACGAUAGCAAGAAGCGACAAGCAGACGGAGCAGAGACCGCAGAAGAGCCUGCAAAGAAGAAGAAAAAGAAAGAAAAGAAGGCAGAAUAAGUUCGAUGCAAGCAGCUAGCCUUUUUGCAACACUGUGUUAGAAAAGAGUUGACGGAUUUUCGAAGAGUACUAUCGCAAAUAGGGGAGCUGAAAAAGAUGUUCGACAAAUGACUACAGGGAAUUUUACGGGGCACUCAUGAAUUCAUUCUCAGCAUCUUCGCAAGCGCAACUCAGAAGGAAGCGGAUGGCGUUAAAAGAUCAGUAAAAAUCAGUACAAUGAUGUUGAUGGGUACACGAAAAACAUUUGUACCUUGGGAAAUUCACCGAACCAAGAAUGAUUGAACCCAACGCAUAUGCCAAUUAUAUUUGAUGGACGAUCGACGCACCUACUCGCCAAGAAUAAAACGCGCAAGUCUCGUCAGACACAACCGACGCUAGGGAGUUACCCUCUUAGUCCUUCUGGUUCGAUGACCUUGUCGCCAUCGCGUGAAGAUGAAAUCGUAGAGACUACCGCGUAAAACAAGCACUCUUCUUUUAGUAGCAUUAUACAUAGAUACAGCUAGAGUUAAAGUUAGAGUAGAGGAG